UUGUUUUCCGGGAAAGUUCCCACACAAUGUUUGGGUCUUAAAUAAAAGAAAACCUAAAAGCGCGUAAAGCUGGAAUGGAAUCCUAUGGGCAGAUCUGAGCUUAGCUGUUACUAAUUUGCAUUCCUUCUUCGUAGUCCAGUUUACUGCACAAAUCUGACCUCUCUGAUAAUUAGGCCCUUUGAGCUUAUAUCCUUAUCAUCUCUCUCGCUUGCAAGAAUGAAAAGAUCUUAUUCGUUGAUAUCUUCUUCUUCUAAACCUCGAACCGAAUAUGAUGUGUUUUUGAGUUUUAGAGGCGAAGACACCCGCAACACUUUUACGUGUCAUCUCUAUGAAGCUCUUUGCAAGAAAGGAAUUCACACCUUCUUAGACGAUGAUAAACUUGAGAGAGGCAAAUCCAUUUCUCCAGAGUUGUUGAAAGCCAUAGAAACUUCACGAUGUUCCGUCGUUGUUAUCUCGGAAAACUAUACUUUUUCCACUUGGUGUUUGGAUGAGCUUGUCAAGAUUCUUGUAUGCAUGAAAGGCUAUAAACAGAUUGUUCUGCCAAUUUUCUACCAUGUGGAUCCAUCUCAUAUACGGAAGCAGAGUGGAAGUAUUGGGGAGGCAUUCCAGAAACAUGAACAAAUUUUUAGUGACAACUUAGAAAAGGUGCAAAUCUGGAGGGAGUCCUUAAAAGAAGUUGCCAAUCUAGCUGGAAGUCCUUUACGUGAUGGGGAUAAUGAAGCAAAAUUUAUACAAGACUUCAUUGCACAUGUAUUAAAAAGACUUGGUGAUAAACAGUCAAACAUUUCAGAGGACCUUGUUUCUUUCUGUAAACGCUCAAAGGACCUUGUUGGUAUGGUUUCACGACUAAAAAAACUGGAUCAGUAUGUUCGUCCUUCAUCAUCUGAUGGCGUUCGCUUUAUUGGAGUUUGUGGAAUGGGCGGCAUAGGCAAAACAACUCUUGCAAGAGCUUAUUAUGAAUGGAAGUCUUGUGAAUUUGAAAGUAGCAGUUUCCUUCCAAAUGUUAGAGAAGUUUGUGAAAAAGAGAUAAACGGUCUUGCGUAUCUGAAAAAUCUACUUCUUUCACACCUUUUAGAUGAAGAACCUACAAAAAUGAGGGAUGCUUGUAAAGGAAUGGGCAUGAUAAAAAAUAGAUUACAUGAUAAAAAGGUUUUAAUUGUUCUUGACGAUGUGGACAAACAGGAACAAUUAAAAGAGUUAGUUGGGGAGGAUGAUUGGUUUGGCUCUAAAAGUAGAAUACUAGUAACUACUAGAGAUGAAGCUUUGCUCACAUUUAAAGAAGAUUGUACAAUAUAUAGAGCUGAGCAAUUAAAUGAUAGUGAGGGUCUUCAACUAUUUUAUAGAGAAGCAUUCAAGAGUAAUCAUCCUUCACAAGAUUACAUGGAGCUGUCUAUACAAGCGAUAAUGUAUUCGAAAGGUCUUCCAUUAGCUCUAGAAGUACUAGGUUCCCUUCUACGUGGCAAAACUAAAAAUGAAUGGAAAAGUGCUUUGCAUAGAAUAAAAGAGCAUCCACAAGGGAAGAUUGUUAGAGUACUUCGAAUAACUUUUGAUGAACUUGAGGAAACAGAGAAACAUAUUUUCCUAGAUAUUGCAUGUUUCUUCAAUGGAUAUGUUGAAGAUUAUAUUAUCCAAAUUAUGGAUACAUGCCAUUUUUAUGGAACAAUCGGGAUAAGAACUCUUAUUGAUAAAUCUCUCAUAAGCAAAGGUCCUUUUAACGAAAUUCGGAUGCAUGACUUACUGCAGGAAAUGGGCAAAGAAAUUGUUCGAGAGAAAUCCCGCAAUGAACCAGGAAGAUGGAGUAGGAUAUGGAGUUGCAAUGAUUUAUGUCAUGUUUUAGACAAAGACACGGGCACAGAAGAAGUUGAAGCCAUAGUUUGCAGUUUUCGAGAAGCAAAAAAAUCCGGUUGGGAAGCCUUCUCAAAUAUGAAGAAACUAAGAUUGCUCUUUAUUAAUUUUCCCCCAAGUGGAUUUGAUCUGCCACCAAUUGGAUAUCUUUCCAAUGAGUUACGGAUUCUCACAUGGAGUGGAUAUCCUUACCGAAAUUUGCCACCAAGUUUCCAACCAGAUGGACUUGUUGAACUUAUCUUGCAGAACAGCAAUAUCGAGCAACUAUGGAACAACUCAAUCAAGCCUUUAAACAAUUUGAAAACCAUUGACUUAAGUGGUUCAAUCAAUUUUAGAAAGUUUGAAGACUUCAAGGUGGUUCCGAAUCUAGAGAAAUUGAUUCUUGAGGACUGUAAAGGACUAGUGGAGGUUCACCCAUCCAUCACACUUCUUAGAAGGCUUACUUUACUGAACCUGAACAAGUGUAAUAGUCUAGAAAAUCUUCCAACAACCAUAAGUGAUUUGGAGUCUCUCGAAGUUCUUCAACUUUAUCAUUGUAAGAGUCUUCGCAUCUUACCAGAGGACUUGGGGAAUUUAAAUAGUUUGAAGGAGCUUCAUCUCAGCGGCACUUGUGUAACAGAGUUGCCAUCUUCCAUUGCAUCACUCGAAAACCUUAAGAUCGUUUUUCCACUACCAAGAUACAUUUUUAGCAUGGAUCUUUCCAUCUCAGGUCAUCUUGAUUCUUUGAAAGAAGUCAAUCUAAGUUGGCGCCGUUUUUGGGAUGGAGAAAUUCCUGAAGAUUUUGGUUGCUUAGAUUUUUUAGAAGAUGUAAAAUUGAGAGGUAAUGAGUUUUCUUAUCUGCCUGCCUGUUUCAAUAGACUUACCAAGCUUAGGAUUCUUGAUUUGAGGGAUUGUGAAAAUCUAAAAUCAUUGGGACCAGAGCUUCCGCCUAGCUUAGAAAUGGUGAGGGUUGAUGAUUGCAUUUCAUUAGACACCUUUCUUGAUCCAUUGAACGACCAGUUUUGCAAUUUGCGGUGUUCUGCUACAUGUAACAAUUGCUUUGAAUUAGUACGGAGGCAAGGCAGCAAAAGGACAGCAUUUGCAUCACUUAAAAGAUACCUUCAGAAGCCCGCUAAUGCAAGCAAAAGAUUUGAUAUUGUUCUUCCUGGAAAUGAAAUUCCAGCCUGGUUCACUCAUCAAAGUUCAGGAACGUCGAUAAGUUUCCAACUAGAUCCAAAUUUGUGCAACAGUAAGUGGAUGGGUUUCGCAAUCUCUGUGUUCCCAAAAAAACGGAGUUGGUUUUCUACAUGCAAUAAUAUAAGAAUUGACGGACAAGACUGGGGAUUUGGAGGACUAGUCGAGGCUCCUGAAUCGAUCAGAUACUCUUGCAUUGAUGGCCUUUGGCUUUGGCUAUUUUAUUUGCCCCGUGAUAUAUACUUCCAGACAAACGAAUUGCAGUACAACAAUUGCAGUGCUCGAAUUGAGUUUUCUUUUGAAAACAGCACAGAAGAUCAAUUUGGAUGGGGUGUUCGUUUGGUAUGUGAGCAAGACAUACACGAGUUGAACCUACACUCUGAAGAUGAGGAUCUGGAUAUUAUAUAUUUAUCUGAAGAUGAAGGUGAAGAUGAAGAUGAAGAUGAAGAUGAAGGUGAUGAUGAUCUGGAUAUUAUAUAUAUAUCUGAAGAUGAAGAUGAAGAUGAAGAUGAUGGUGAUGAUGAUCUGGAUAUUAUAUAUUUAUCUGAAGAUGAAGAUGAAGAUGAAGAUGAUGAUGAUGAUGAUGAUUUGGAAAACUUUCAAUAGUAGUUUUAUCAUGAAUCUUAAUAUUGUAUAUAGAUAGAAUAAAAUUAUUAGUCCCUCUGCCUACACAACGAUUUAGUCCUUCAAUAAACUCAAAAUUAUUACUCUA